AUGGCCUUGAACUUCAUGAAGUAUUUUGGGUCGCUACAAUUUCUGCAACUCAAGAGACCGAACACGGUUUUCAUCUUGGCUGCUUUGGCAGUGACUGCAUUUGCCAGUCUUCAUCAUGAGCCCAUUCACCAUCCCCAGCCUUUCAAGUUCGGCUACAGCGUAAAAGACAAACACGGAGAACAACACCGAGAAGAAGUUGGUGAUGGUAAGAAUGUGAAGGGAAGCUACGGAUUCACCGAUGCCAGAGGAAUCCACCGACAGGUCAACUACGUAGCUGACCAUGCUGGAUUCAGAGCCCAGGUCAAGACCAACGAACCAGGAACCGCCAACCAGAAUCCCGCAGCUGUCCACAUCAUCUCUGAUGCUCCCUAUGGACACGGAGGAUAUGCCGGAAUCGGUUAUGCUGGAAAUGGAAGAGCAGGCUUAGGAUACAACGGUCUUGGAGCUGCUGGUGUGGGAUACGGAUAUGGUGGUAUUGGAGCAGCCGGUGUAGGAUAUGGAAAUGCUGGUCUUGGAGGAUAUGGAGGUUAUGGCCUUGGAAAUGGAGUUUUCGGUGGUUUAGGUUAUGCCCGAUAUGGGUUUUAG